GUUCAUUGCCCUUGUUCAAGCUGCAAUGGACGAGCAGUGGAUAGAGGUACCGAACUUAGGCAUUGGAAAGAAAGUCAAAUUGUUUCCAAAACUUGUUUUGCAUUGGAUGAGUUUCGUGAACCUUUACCACGACGUAGUUUCAAUCCCACUGAAAGUUGUCCCUCGGAUGGGGAAGAACAGAUGGAUGAAGAUAUUGAAGUUAUGCAAUACCACAGCAAUAAUGAAAGGGAUGAAGACGAAGACGGAAGCUGUGCAUGCUUGCCGAGAGCCGCAAGAACAGAGAAAAACGCCACUGGUAAAACUGAAGAAAAAGAUCCCAACCCAUUGAGGAAAUUAGUCGUUAAUGCCGUUCUAGACGCUCUCAGGAUUGUGAAGGGAAGUGGAUCUUCUUGCCAAACAUUUGAGGACAUCUUGAAUUGUGGUAAAACUCUUUUGCUAGCCAGCCAUAACAGUGACAAUAUAGAUCGCGAAAUUGUGCUAACCCUGUGGCCAAGAAACUGGAACUCAGUGCAGAAGCUGUUAAAAGAGGAAGGAUAUGAAGAUGCCAAAUUAUUUUAUGUUUGCUUUUGCUGGAAUGAGAAAGAACAAACAAGAAAUGGAAAAACUAGUAAAAAAAUUGUUUACACUGGAAAUUAUAGCAUUUUGGAGAAUAAGGAUGACUUGUGCAUUCAUUGUGGCAAAAAAGGUUAUCUAAAAUACUAUUACCUAGGCAUGAGCACAAAAGAGAAGAAUUGGUUCAAAAGUGUAGAUAUGUGCAGAAAAAUGUUGUCCCAUUGGAAUGCACGUGAUAGUUGGCUUGGUCGCCAAAGCAGCAAUCCAGAAAAAUGUGAAUUCUGGCAUGGUGAGCGAUGGGUUGAACUGCAAUGGUUCUGGGACCCUAAGAGCACCUGGACUUUGCCAACACUGUGUCCUCAUUGUAGCCUACCAGUUUCAUCAGAUAAGUAGCUCAAUUCUCCAAAUGGCAAAGAUGGGAGUAAAGAUGUGGAAUGCCCAAACUGCUUUGAAAAUUUUGAACACUUUAUUAAAGUCACCAGUGGAUCUCCUUUGAAUUUGGCACUGGUAGGCCACUGGGAUGGGUGGCAGCCGUUUGGAACUAGUUAUAGAGGCUGUGGAUCACUUGAAGUUAGCAUUGCUAACAUGACUAAGAAUGAUAGGAGCCAUGUAGAAGAAGUAUACAUUGUUGGUUUUGUUCCUUGCUCCCAGGUUCCUAACCUGCCUGAAGCUCUUGACCCAUUUCUACAGCCUCUACUGCAGGACAUAUCCACAGGUUUCAUUGAUGGUUUCAAGGUUUUCAGUUAUCCAAGGGAGAUAGAGAUAGAGGGCUAUCAAACUAGCGAAGAGGAGACAGUGCGUGUUUUACUUCUGUGUUGGACAGGGGAUCAUCCUGGACAAUGUGAGUGUGGCAAAUUCUUGAAUCAAGGAAAGUCUGGAUGUAGGAGAUGUAAAGUAGUUGGUAAACUACUGGAAAACAGCACAAACACACAUGUGUACUAUGGAGAAAACCGCUACCACUUUAGAUAUCCUUGGGAAGAGAGAUCUAUUGAAUCUUCUGUUGGUGACAUGUUUGACAAGAGAAACAAGAGUAAGUGUACGCAAAACGAUGUCAUCUACUAAAGGUUUUACUGGCACAAGUAUCCUUCAUAAAUACCUUUACCCUUUGUAUGGCUUUGACAUCCUAAAGCACCUGGUAUUUGAUGUUUUUCACACUAUCUGCCUCAAUGUUGUGAAAAAUCAGUUAGAGAGAAUUCUGGACAUGAAGCUCAUUGAUCCAUCAUAUUUAGAUUUCCUUGGACACAAGAUCUUAAAACUGGGAGAAUUCCACGAUCACUUGCACAUUGUAAAGGAACACAUGUAGGUCAGUGGAAAGCUGAAGGGCUGCAGAAGUUUUCCUUUCCUAUGGCUGACUGUAUAUUUAUGGGCAAACUGGAUGACAGGCAUGAAUUAGAAAUCCAAUCGCUUGCUUCAAGACUUACAGAACUCCACUUUUAUAGUGGCAGAAGGUUAUGGAAUGCUGACACGAUUGAAAUGCACAGACAGUUAGCAUGGCGGCUCAACAUUCAGAUUGAAGAAAUUCAGGGACUACACAUGUGUACAAUAUCAGUUCAUAAUUUGACUCACAUACAUGAAGACAUCAUUAACUUUUCUUCCCCAGACAAUUUCUGGUGUGCCGUUUAUGAGAGAGCUGUAAAGCAAUAUGUCAAAAAGUCACAUAACUGCAAAGGGAUUGAAGCAACUUUUGCUCAGUCAGAAUCCAGGCGAGAAUUCUUGAAGCCACUUCAAGCUGCUGAUCACAGAAAGGCCGGAAAAGUUGACAUGAUGACGGUAAUUCAUGCUUUUUUAAAUGUCAACAAAAAGGGGCUGUGCCCUGCCAUUUAAACAUCAAUUUAAUGUUUAUGUUACACACACAAAGAUGCAGGUAAUAGCUAGUCACUGACAAAAGACCUUUCUUCAAAAUUUUUCCACCCAUAGAAAUAAACAGGUCCGUAGAGGUCUCCAGAGGGAAAAGUGCUGAAAAAUAAAUCACACUGUUUUAGUGUUUUAAACUUUAUGUGCAUAUGUUGGCAAUUAACGCAAAUUUCCACCAUAUUUUUAGCUUGAAAUCCCUACCUUGUUUUGCUGAUUUCGUAGCACUGAAGUAGUCCCCUUAAGUCAUUACUUACCCAACUUAAAUGUUGCUGAGCCAUUCAUGGUAUUCCAAAUUUGAUUAACCUUUAACUCCCAGAAGUGAUCACAAUGUAACUUUUCCUUAAUAAUUAAGGAAAAUUAUUAUAAUAAUUAUUAUAUUAUAAAUACCUUCUUCUGCAAACAGGUGACGAGAGUCAGUAAACUUGUCAGCCAAAGAUGCCCCCCAAUUUUUUCAUCUAUAUGUAAAGCAAAAUGUGUAACAGCUAGAAAGGAGAAUUAGUAACCAGAUCUUGACUUAAAUGCUAAUGUACGCUGAAGAAGUAUAAAUUGAACAACCAGUUCUGUAAAGUUAAAGCAUUGGCAGAAGAGAUUUGAAAUUUUGUUAUAAACUAAAUACAUUUGACAUAGCAAAAUGCAUUUGUAAUUUAAUCUUGCUCUUGUUUAUUUCAUGACUGUGUAUGUGCUAAUUAUUAUGUUUUCAGGGAUUUGCCAGUUCAACUGAAAUUGCUCAAAUAGAGUCACAGAAGGAACCUCAAAAUCGAAGAUCAUUNUUUAUGAGAGAGCUGUAAAGCAAUAUGUCAAAAAGUCACAUAACUGCAAAGGGAUUGAAGCAACUUUUGCUCAGUCAGAAUCCAGGCGAGAAUUCUUGAAGCCACUUCAAGCUGCUGAUCACAGAAAGGCCGGAAAAGUUGACAUGAUGACGGUAAUUCAUGCUUUUUUAAAUGUCAACAAAAAGGGGCUGUGCCCUGCCAUUUAAACAUCAAUUUAAUGUUUAUGUUACACACACAAAGAUGCAGGUAAUAGCUAGUCACUGACAAAAGACCUUUCUUCAAAAUUUUUCCACCCAUAGAAAUAAACAGGUCCGUAGAGGUCUCCAGAGGGAAAAGUGCUGAAAAAUAAAUCACACUGUUUUAGUGUUUUAAACUUUAUGUGCAUAUGUUGGCAAUUAACGCAAAUUUCCACCAUAUUUUUAGCUUGAAAUCCCUACCUUGUUUUGCUGAUUUCGUAGCACUGAAGUAGUCCCCUUAAGUCAUUACUUACCCAACUUAAAUGUUGCUGAGCCAUUCAUGGUAUUCCAAAUUUGAUUAACCUUUAACUCCCAGAAGUGAUCACAAUGUAACUUUUCCUUAAUAAUUAAGGAAAAUUAUUAUAAUAAUUAUUAUAUUAUAAAUACCUUCUUCUGCAAACAGGUGACGAGAGUCAGUAAACUUGUCAGCCAAAGAUGCCCCCCAAUUUUUUCAUCUAUAUGUAAAGCAAAAUGUGUAACAGCUAGAAAGGAGAAUUAGUAACCAGAUCUUGACUUAAAUGCUAAUGUACGCUGAAGAAGUAUAAAUUGAACAACCAGUUCUGUAAAGUUAAAGCAUUGGCAGAAGAGAUUUGAAAUUUUGUUAUAAACUAAAUACAUUUGACAUAGCAAAAUGCAUUUGUAAUUUAAUCUUGCUCUUGUUUAUUUCAUGACUGUGUAUGUGCUAAUUAUUAUGUUUUCAGGGAUUUGCCAGUUCAACUGAAAUUGCUCAAAUAGAGUCACAGAAGGAACCUCAAAAUCGAAGAUCAUUUCUAUUGGGUGCAAUGUCAAAGGUCAAAUCACUGCCACAGAAUGAGAGAGUGAAAAUAGCAGACACAUUGGAUGUGUCUGUAAGUGAGGUGCCUGUAACUGGCUUUGUUUCAAGUAAAGCCUUCCUGUUGGAUGUGGGAUACCAGGGAUCAGUUCUCAACACUGGAGAGGCUGUUGUUGCAGACAUCAAUGGUCAUGAGACAGGGUUAUUGAUAUACAACUUUUUGUCUGUUAGAUGUGAAGAAAUAGUAUAUGCAACAUUGGAAAUUGGGCAGAGGUACCACCCUCUUACUGCAGAGGAUGGAAGUCAAGCAAGUGAUUUCUGGAGUGGAUUUAUUAAAGUUAAAGCCAAACCAAGUUCAGAGCAAUUUUUUCUUCCACUUGACUGUAUCAAGAGAAAGGUCAUACUCUACAAUUGUGAUGAUGGUGUAAUUUCUGUUGCUGACUACCAGAGACAAGCAAGACAGCUGCCUUACACUAUCAUUGUUCCAGUUUACAUUGAGUGUGGAGAUAUGUUGUUGAUUCAGGGGGAACUGUUGCACGAUGUUUGGUUUGGCCAUGCCCAAAGUGUUGAUCAGUGUGAAACGACAGUUGAUGUGUUUUUCUUCGUUGAAAGUAGCAGGCACAAGAAUCUCUAUGUAACGGAGACACAAGGGAGGCAUGGUAGAAACACUGUUUCUUGGCACUCUGUCAUUGGAAUUGCAAGUGGAAAGUGGAUUUCUCACUCACAGUGGAAAAAGGAUGAAUGA